UUGGAUCUCACACUUCUAAAGGUAGACGCUCAUACAGGUGACAUUUUUAACGAACAAGCAGAUAGGUUAGCAGGAGAGGGAGCUAAUUCAGGAUCGACCUUUAAAAUCAAUCCAAAUUACAUUAGAGAACAACAAUGUCAUUUCAAAUGGAAAGGAGAAAGUAUAGAUACAGAUAUUAAGUCUUUUGUUAAAAAGAAAGAAGAAAUUGAAUCGCUCACGACAUGGUUCACACAACAUCAUACAAAAGACAGUGCAUUAAGAUCCUUUUCACUAAAAUUAUUAAAUGAAGAAUUACCCACAAUGACAACUCUAUACACACGAAAACCUGACAUAUAUACUAAACCAGAAUGCCCCUUCUGUGGAAAAUACAAAGAGACCAACACCCAUGUUUUCCUGUGUUCAGAAAAAGGAAAACAAUUAAAAAUUUCCUUCCGAGCAACAGUAAAAAAGAUAUAUACCAAAGAGAAAGGAAAUAAAGAUUUAAAAGGCUUAAUGGAAAAAAUAACACGUGGACAUUUCAUGAAGAUUAAUCACAACAGACAAGUAUUUGGUACACAACCACAUGACAGAUUUGAAUUCAAUGACUUAAUAAGAGGCCUAAUUCCCAAAUCCUUAUAUAAAAUAAUACGAAGUACCUUAAACUCUGCUGAUAUGGCAAAACAAAUGGUCAUGAAUAUUUUUAAGACAUGGAAAGAAAUACUAUAUAAUAAUUGGAAAAAAAGAU